UGUGUGGAACAACUUCAUAAUUGUCGUAGUUUCAGAGGGACUCCCAAUGCGUGGUGCACUGUCCAAGACGGAAGCAGGAAGGGACUUCAACAUGGCGGAGACCCACAGUCUGCAGGACCUGCGGCAGCAAGCGGCCAUCGCUGCCAAAGUCUUCGUCCAGAGGGACUACUCCAGUGGCACCAUUUGCCAGUUCCAGACAAAGUUCCCGUCCGAGCUGGAGAACCGGAUCGACAGGCAGCAGUUUGAGGAGACGAUCCGCGCGCUGAACUCGCUGUACGCCGAGGCGGAGAAGCUCGGCGGGAAGUCCUACCUGGAGGGGUGCCUGGCCUGCCUGACCGCCUACACCGUGUUCCUGUGCAUGGAGACUCACUACGAGAAGGUCCUGAAGAAGAUCGGAAGGUACAUCCAGGAGCAGAACGACAAGGUGUACGCCCCCCGCGGCCUGCUGCUCACCGACCCCCUCGAGAGAGGCCUGCGAGUCGUGGAAAUCACCAUCUUUGAGGACCGGAGCUCUUGAGCUGGAAGACAGAGGCCCAAGCCCGAGUUUCUCUUGUUCUGUCCGUGAUGUCAUCAACAGGAGACUGGACUUCCUGUAGCCUUACAGUCUGAUAGCUCGCUGACCCACCCCCCCCCCCCUUUGCCUCUACCAUCCUGCAGCCCCCCCCCCUCCCCCCAUCCUGUUGAGACUGUGUGAAUAAUGUGUUUGUUCCUUUUCUCCACCUCCUCUUCCUCAUGGUCUUCAUUAAUGAUUCGGCCACAGAUAGGGGGUGGGAGGAUGUGAUCUUUCGCUGGGCUUACCAAAGGCCCCUAUAUUUAUCAUUUCCAUGUUUUUUAAACAUUAAAAUAUACAUAAAAUUUAUUACUUUUCACUUUAAUCAAGAUCUUUAUUUCUUUCUGUAAAUCUAAACUGUGCCAUAUUGUUUUUUAAAUAAUUAUUAUAUUUAAUCUCAUCUUUUUUUAAUGUGUAUGUCUCUUUGUAUAUAAAUGCUUCUCUGAAACUCAAUGGUCAGACAGAUGUGUCCUACUGUUUGUGUGUACUCUAUGGUCAUUGUGAGUUCAGCGGGAUUCUGUAUGCGCCUGUGGACACUAAUAGAACAGGAACAUGAAUGAUGAGAAUUUCCUGUGUUCUGUCAAUCAAGGCCCUUUGUGACGUCAUUCCCAUAACAAGCUCAGGUGAGACAGGCAAAGGUUUCCACAUAUCAAAACGGUGGGGGAAGAACCUGGCUGGAUCUACGUUUUUUUAUACCAAUUCCUCGUUGGUCGUUGAGUAUGUCGAAUAUUUUACGAUAACAGUUGCAUUCUCGGUGUGCCACGCGAUGGCAAAAGACAGAAAAUAAAGGUUGGAAACGAAGAAACUUGUCUGACGUUAGGGGUUGUAACUCGCUGUGCAUAUUUGUGAUUUGUAAAUAUGAAAGAUUUUCAUCCAGGGGUUUUUGAACAACAGUAAUGUGAUCAUUGGAACACUGGGAGAAAAUGUGGCAGAAUGGCUGGAUGUGUCCUCCACCCCAUGGGGGUAGGAGCUCUCCCUCAAUUAAAUUUUUUUUUAAAUAAUGACCUGAAAGCACUCUUGGGUUUCUGUUCAUUUUCAAUGAAGUAAUGGAUACCGUGUUAUUUUCUUUUUUUUUUUUCAAAUGUACAAUCUUUGCUGAACUUGUUUGUUGUACUUAAAUUAAAUUAGUCUUUUCUUGGAAAA